AUGGCGUUAUAUAAUUUUAAAAAGAUACAGCCGGUGCCUUCGGCUUCAGAUUUUUUGGACAUUGUCUUAUCAAAAACUCAACGAAAGACACCAACAGUCAUUCACAAGCAUUACAAGAUAGGCCGUAUACGUCAGUUCUACAUGCGCAAAGUGAAAUUCACUCAGGAUAGUUUUGAAGACAAAUUAAAAGCGAUGUUAGAAGAAUUCCCUAAAAUUGACGAUAUACACCCGUUUUAUGCAGAUCUAAUGAACGUAUUAUAUGAUAAGGAUCAUUACAAACUGGCGUUGUCACAAAUAAAUAAAGCGAAAAGUUUGAUCGAGGAAGUUGCAAAGGAAUAUGUAAGGCUGUUGAAAUUUGGCGAUUCAUUGUAUAGGUGUAAGCAGUUGAAGAAGUCAGCUUUGGGAAGAAUGGCUACAAUAAUGAAACGACAAAAGAACAGUUUGGGUUAUCUUGAGGAAGUUCGUCAACAUCUUGCUCGCCUUCCUUCAAUCGACCCAAAUACCCGUACUCUCCUCAUUUGUGGAUAUCCUAAUGUCGGAAAAUCCAGUUUUAUGAACAAAAUUACGAGGGCCAACGUCGACGUGCAACCUUAUGCAUUCACUACCAAGUCGUUGUUUGUCGGACAUAUGGACUAUAAGUAUCUGAGAUGGCAGGUGAUAGAUACGCCAGGUAUUCUUGAUCGGCCGUUGGAACAGAUGAAUACGAUCGAGAUGCAGUCAGUCACUGCACUGGCUCAUCUAAGAACUUGUGUUUUGUAUUUCAUGGAUUUGUCCGGGCAGUGUGGAUACAGUGUUGAUGACCAAAUCCAAUUGUAUCAUAACAUUAAACCUCUUUUUGCAAAUAAACCCACCUUUAUUGUAAUUAACAAAAUCGAUGUUACUCGUCCGGAGGAUUUGUCCGAAGAGGAACAAGUUAAAUUACGUGAGAUUAGCGAGAAAGAGAAUGUUCAGAUACUUCAAUUGAGCUGCCAAACUGAUGAAGGGGUUAUUGACGUUAAAAACACGGCAUGUGACAAGUUACUUGCCGCACGAGUUGAAGUGAAAAUGAAGAGUCAGAAAAUUAACGAUGUAAUCAACAGAUUACAUUUGUCUGAACCACAGCAACGUGAUGAUAUACCUCGUCUUCCAUUCAUACCAGAAGCAGUAAUCGGUCGACGACCUUAUGAUAAGACAGAUCCUAAGAGACGCAAACUCGAGAGAGAUAUUGAAGAAGAGAGCGGUGGACCAGGAGUAUAUAACGUUGAUCACAAGAAGUUAUACAUACUUCAAUCCGAUGAAUGGAAAUACGACGCCAUACCUGAGAUCAUGGAUGGCAAAAACGUCGCGGAUUUCAUUGACCCCGAGAUAGCGGAGAAGUUGGAGGCCUUAGAGCGAGAAGAAGACAAAUUAGAGGCUGAAGGAUUUUAUGAAUCGGAUGAAGAAAUUAUGGAUUCCGAAGAGGAAGAGUUUAAAAAAGCAGCUGACGAGGCUCGCGAAAAGAAGAAGCUAAUUGUGCAAGCUCAUAGAACAAGCAAAAUGAUGAAAAAUCGUCCUGUAAUGCCGAGAACGGCUACAACAAAAUCUUUGGAAGAGAUAGAGAAAAAACUCGGAGAAUUUGGUAUUGAUGCAAGCGCAAUCAGGGCACGCAGUCAGACAAGAUCAAGGAAGCGUAAAUUUGACGAGUCAAUAGGGGACGCUAUAGUACGGGAAGAGUCACUUGCCAAAAGUGUAACGCCUGUCAAUAUAGAAGAUAGAAAGAUUGCAAAGAUGAAGAAACGAAGUGAAAAGAUACACAAGACUGCCCAAAGACAAGCUAAUCUUUAUGCUAGAGCAGGCGAAUCCGACAGAAAGAUAUUAAUGAAGAAGCCUAAACAUCUAUUUAGUAACAAGAGUACGGUUGGAAAAAGAGAUCGCCGUUAA